GCAGUCAAUGCAGCAAACACAAACCAAAGCAACCUUGGAGCUACAGGGGUGGGCACUAUAGCUUGUGCUUGCCAUGGAUGUUUUGUUCCCCACUGCAUAGUAGACUUUUGGAAGGGCAAACACCACAUGGAUAUAGAUUAUUUGGUAUGCAAUGCUAUUAAGCAUGCUGCCAACAGAAUUGAUGACUUCCUAGUAAUUUAUGAUGCGGAUUGCCAGUGGAGUCUUCACUUUGCAAAAUGUGUCAGCAAUUGCACUGGUUUGAUGAUACCC